AUGUCUUCUGACGAGUUCGUCCACGUCUCUACAGGGCACGGUGGUGGACCCAAUCCAUACUCGUCAGUCUCUGAGGACUUCUUCAAUAACACCAAGGGAGAUCGACAAUACACAGAAGGGUACAUCACUGCUUCGAUUCGCCAGAAACAUCCCAAAUAUCACCUCACCAUCUCUACAGGCUACAACCUCAAUUUGCUCGGCUUUGCUGAUUCACGAGCCGAUGCUACAUACACUCCCCACAUUGAUGCCAAGGAAACGCUGGUGGAAAGGCAAUUCAUGCCACCAGCAAGAAGGUAUAAUGAUGAACUGGGUGGCGCUUUUGUUGAUAAGGUUGUCUUCGCAUGUUACGACUACACUUUCAAGGGGAACCAAUUUCUGGUCUACAUAGUUGAUGGGCACGAUGGGCCAUAUCACCCCCCACCGUACCACUAUAUUCUCACCGAGGACUCCAAAGAAGAUAACCAGGCUUCUGCUCAGAAGAAAACGGAUGAGUUGCUCGCGGAAGCAUCAAAAUGGUCGCAGGAUCUUCAUGGCGAGGUCUAUGUGUUUGACCAGGGAUUCUGGCAGAAAAACAGAGAGCUGUGGCAGAAUAUCCAGAAAUCGAAUUGGGAGGAUGUCAUUUUGGAGAAGGAGAAGAAGGAAGCUAUCAUCGAAGAUGUUAUUGGGUUCUUUGACUCAGAAAGUCGUUAUUCUGAGUUCGGUGUGCCUUGGAAAAGAGGCGUGAUAUUCUACGGUCCACCAGGGAAUGGGAAAACUAUCUCCACCAAGGCACUUAUGCACGACAUAAGCAAGAGAACCUCCCCAGCAAUCGAAUCGCUGUACGUGAAGACUUUCAACAGCUUUCAGGGGCCAGAAUACGGCAUACGCCAGAUAUUUCUCAUGGCUCGACGAAUGGCACCAUGUCUCCUCGUGUUCGAAGACAUCGACUCUCUCGUUAGUCCCAUGGUGAGAAGCUACUUCCUCAACGAAGUUGACGGGUUGGAAUCGAACCACGGAAUCUUGAUGAUUGGAAGCACGAACCAUCUUGAGCAAUUGGACCCAGGAAUUGCCAAGCGACCAAGUCGAUUCGACAGGAAGUACCUGUUCGAUGUACCCACUCGCGAAGAAAGAAUCCAGUUUGCUGAUAUCACUGGUGAUUUUUCCUUUGCGUAUAUGAAGGAGGCCUUCGUCGCUGCAUUGUUGGUCAUUGUUGCUCGGACGGACGAGAAGCGAAGAUUCAGACACCGAGAGGACGAUCUCAGUGACAACAUUCUCUGGAAGGAGCUGAAGAAACAAGUCGAGGCUCUGAGGAAGGAGAUGGAGGAUGAGAGUGAUAAUGUUGCCAGUCCGAGCAUGAGUGGGAUGUGGCCUGCUCUCAACAGCAUCUUUGAUGAGCAUCGAGCAAGGCCCAUAGACAUCAACAGUGCCAUGCCUAGAUACUUCUAG